AUGGAAAAUGGGAGUCAUACCCCUUAUUUCAUUCUCCUAGGACUCUUUAACCACACCAGAGCCCACCAAGUCCUCUUCAUGAUGCUUCUGGCCAUCGUUUUGACCUCCCUGUUUGGCAAUGCCCUCAUGAUCCUCCUGAUUCACCGAGAACGCAGGCUCCACACGCCCAUGUACUUCCUCCUGAGCCAACUCUCCCUCAUGGACGUGAUGCUGGUUUCCACCACUGUGCCCAAAAUGGCGGCUGACUACUUGACCGGAAAUAAGGCCGUCUCUCGCGCUGGCUGUGGUGUGCAGAUCUUCUUCCUCCCCACACUGGGUGGUGGAGAGUGCUUCCUCUUAGCAGCCAUGGCCUAUGACCGCUACGCGGCUGUCUGCCACCCACUCCGAUAUCCCACUCUCAUGAGCUGGCAGCUGUGCCUGAGGAUGACCAUGUCGUCUUGGCUCCUGGGUGCAGCUGACGGGCUCCUGCAGGCUGUUGCUACCCUGAGCUUCCCAUAUUGCGGUGCACACGAGAUCGAUCACUUCUUCUGCGACGCCCCCGUGCUGGUGCGUUUGGCUUGUGCUGACACUUCAGUCUUCGAAAACGCCAUGUACAUCUGCUGUGUGUUAAUGCUCCUGGUCCCCUUGUCUCUCAUCCUGUCCUCCUAUGGUCUCAUCCUCGCCGCUGUUCUCCACAUGCGCUCUACAGAAGCCCGCAAGAAGGCCUUUGCCACCUGCUCUUCACAUGUGGCUGUGGUGGGACUCUUUUAUGGAGCUGCCCUUUUUAUCUAUAUGAGACCCAAAUCCCACAGGUCCACUAACCACGAUAAGGUUGUGUCAGCCUUCUAUACUAUGUUCACCCCUUUACUAAACCCCCUCAUCUACAGUGUGAGGAACAGUGAGGUCAAGGAAGCCCUGACAAGGUGUAUGGGUCGGUGUGUGGCCUUCAGUCACGAAUAA